CUCCUGCGUGACCCCGCACGAGCAUUGGUGCAUUCCCAAACACAUCUCAGCCACAGUCGGAAUUAUCUUUACACCACCAGCUCGAAACUCGGCCACGACAUCAAAGCUUCAAUGCCUAUUACCUUACGUGAUGCAACUCCACAGGAUAUUCCUGCCAUCGCUACGAUCUGCACCGCGGCAUUUCAUCCGACAACAGAUGUAAUAACUCGAACGCUAUUCCCUCCACAUUUGAAAGCGAGCGAUGCCGGGGACGAUGAAGCCGCGUAUUCAUGGCGGGCAGCUCGAAAGUCACACAGCAUGGAGUCGAAGCGGAACAUAAUGAUGGUUGCUGUGGAUGGUGACUUGAAUGGAGAAAUUGUGGGAUUUGCGCUUUGGGAAUCCCCAGUCAAUCCCGAAGAUCCGCUUCAAACAGCACCCGCGUACCCAGAACCUCCUACUGCUUUGGAUCAGGCAGCGUAUGCAGAGCUGCGCUCAGUUGCGUCUGCCGACGCAAAAGAAACAUUUGGAGAACGAGAAACGAGAGAUGCCUGGCAUCUUGACUAUAUUGGCAUCGAUCCAAAACACCAACGAAGAGGUAUUGGCAAAAUGCUGGUCGAUUGGGGUGUAAAGCGUGCGGCAAGUGAAGGUAGGGAUUGCUAUCUGAUCGCAACCCCUGCUGGCCGUCCGUUGUACUUGGCAUUUCAGUUUGAAGACAUCAGAACAGUCGAUAUCUUUGGUGUUCCACACUAUUCAAUGAUUCUUAGACAAGCUUAAAAGAGUAUCUAAAUACUACACUUGAGAUAAUGUGCCAAUGAGGAGCAGGUGAUCAUGAGCAUUACGCACAGUAUAUAGCUCAAUGCUCCCACUCAGAUAAGGGGUGAUUGUAUCGUGCAUAUGAAAAGG